AUGACCACACCCAUGGAAAUCGGUAUGGAGCAGGCUGGCCCCAACGGUGAGGAUGCCAUGUUCCAGCUCAAGGCUGUCGACAAAGCCGGUCUUACUGGAAAGCUGCANAAGGGCAAGAUGCAAGUCAUCCCCGUCGCUGAGAAGAAGAACGACGAGUUCGAUCUCGAGUUUACCGAUGACGAGCUCGGCGAUGGUCUUGAAGGCGAAUUGGACAUGAUGUACAACCAAUACCAGGAAAAGCGCGAAGCAAGAGAUGCCAAAAUGCGCGCCAAGAAGGCCAGAAAGGAACGCAAUGAAGAAGGCGAGUUUGAAGGUUUCUCAAACGAUGAAGAAGCAGACAGUGACGACGAUGUCCCUGCCAUCGAGUACGACAGCGACUCUGACGAGGACGAGGAAGCCGGUCAACUUGUUACUGAUCUCGAUAACUCUGCCGCUCCUGCAAAUGGUCUCACACGACGCGCUGCCAGCUUCUUCGACCAGGAUCUGUUCAAAGACAUUGAUGGACUCGACGUUGGAGAAGACGAAGAGCAAGUCAAGGAUCUCGACAGCGGUAUCGAGAUGGACUCUAGCUCAGCCUCACCACCCCUCAAGGCCGAGAAGCCAGCCGCCAAACCCACAAAGGCCGAAAAGCCCGUAAAGGAAAAGAAAGAAAAGGUCAAGAAAUCAAAGGUGCCCACACCCGCCGAACUCGCCGCCGAAGAAGCAGCCUACGAAACCGACUCCUCAGAUGGCGGCUUCGAACUCGUCAAAAACACACAAUCGCAAUGGGACAAGGACGAAGACGCCAUCNNCCCCCUCAAAAACGGCCGUCCAAACAUCGACAUCAUCACCGCCGAAGCAAUGACCUUGGCCCACCAACUCGCCACAGGCCAAAAGACAAAACACGAUUUGCUAGACGACAACUUCAACAAGUAUUCUCUGCGCGACGUGGAUGGUUUGCCAGACUGGUUCCUCGACGACGAAGGCAAGAAUUCCAAACCCCAUCGCCCUAUCACCAAAGAAGCUGCCGCCGCCAUCAAGGAAAAGAUGCGUGCAUUCAACGCCCGGCCCAUCAAGAAGGUCCGCGAAGCCAAAGCCAGAAAACAAUUGCACGCAGCCCAGAAACUCGAAAAACUCAAGAGGAAAUCGGCAUUGCUUGCUGAGAGUGAAGAUGUGAGCGAAAAGGACAAGGCAAACAAUAUUUCAAAGAUUAUGGCUAGGGCUGGCAAGGCUAAGAAGAGGAAGCCUGUGCAGGUUGUUGUUGCUGGAAAGGGCAAGCAUCGCGGUGCAGGCAGACCCGGUGGUGUCAAGGGCAAAUACAAGAUGGUGGAUGCCAGACUCAAGAAGGAUGUCAGAGCCGAGAAGAGGCUAAAGAAGAAGAUGGGCAAGAAGUAG